AAACCCUGCGAAAGGGGUGGCGGCGCUGGGAGAAGGAGACGACGAAGGCGGCGGCGGCGGCGACGCGGAGGAGGACGAGGCGAGGCGAGGCGAGGCGAGGAUCCCGUGCAGCGCGGCAGGCGGAUCUGGAGCAGCCGUUCGCAUCCCGGACUGUGAUGCGGACUGUUUUGUUUUUGUUUUUGCAGCCCGCGUAAUCUUCGCGUCUCUCGCUCGCGCUCUCCACCCGCCGGCCGUUCAUUAUCCCCCUUCUUUGCCUGUGCGUUCUCCCUUCGCCAGCCUACGGCUGCUUUCUUCCCCUCGACCAGCGAUUCUAAUGCAAGGGAGGCGUGAUUGACAUACAGAAGGAGGAAAAAAAGGUUAAAAAAAUUAGAAAUAUCCGGAGGAGGAUCCGCAGCAGCCGCCACCGCCGCCGCUGAAGGAAAACGAGAAGGGAGAGGACAGACGUGAAGUUGCGCCGCAGCUGAGCCAAAAAGGAGCCGGGGAGACGCCGCUUCCUUGGCCGUCUUUGCUGCCGCCGCCGCCGCCUUCAGCUUUGUGUCUGGUAAGGGAGAAGAGAGCGAGCCUCUGCCGCCUUCCUCCUCCUUUUCCAGAUUGCUGGAAAUGUCUGAGCACAAGGCGCUGGAUCCGAAGUUAUCGACGACGGAGAGGGUGGUGAAAGCUGUCCCGUUUCCUCCAAGUCAUCGGCUCACAGCUAAGGAAGUGUUUGACAGUGAUGGAAAGCCCAGAGUGGAUAUCCUAAAGGCACACCUUAUGAAGGAAGGAAGACUGGAAGAGAGCGUAGCUUUGAGAAUAAUAACAGAGGGUGCUUCAAUUCUCCGCCAGGAAAAAAAUUUGCUGGAUAUCGAUGCCCCAGUCACUGUUUGUGGUGACAUCCAUGGACAAUUCUUUGACUUGAUGAAGCUGUUUGAAGUGGGAGGUUCUCCUGCCAACACACGGUACCUUUUUCUUGGGGACUAUGUUGACAGAGGGUACUUCAGUAUUGAAUGUGUGCUGUAUUUGUGGGCCUUGAAAAUUCUUUAUCCCAAAACACUGUUUUUACUGCGUGGGAAUCAUGAAUGUAGACAUUUAACAGAGUAUUUCACAUUUAAACAAGAAUGUAAAAUAAAGUAUUCAGAACGUGUGUAUGAUGCCUGCAUGGAUGCCUUCGACUGCCUUCCCUUGGCUGCUCUGAUGAACCAGCAGUUCCUGUGCGUGCAUGGUGGCCUCUCCCCAGAGAUCAACACUUUAGAUGAUAUCAGAAAAUUAGAUCGAUUCAAGGAACCACCUGCAUAUGGACCCAUGUGUGACAUCCUGUGGUCAGAUCCCCUAGAGGACUUCGGAAAUGAGAAGACUCAAGAACAUUUCACUCACAACACAGUCAGGGGGUGUUCAUAUUUCUACAGUUAUCCUGCUGUAUGCGACUUCCUACAGCACAAUAACUUAUUAUCUAUACUCCGAGCUCAUGAAGCCCAGGAUGCCGGGUAUCGUAUGUACAGGAAAAGCCAGACAACAGGCUUCCCUUCACUAAUUACAAUUUUUUCAGCACCAAACUAUCUAGAUGUAUACAAUAACAAAGCUGCAGUAUUGAAAUAUGAGAACAACGUUAUGAAUAUCAGACAGUUUAACUGUUCUCCUCAUCCAUACUGGCUUCCUAAUUUCAUGGACGUUUUUACCUGGUCUUUGCCAUUUGUUGGAGAGAAAGUGACAGAGAUGCUGGUCAAUGUUCUGAACAUUUGCUCAGAUGAUGAACUUGGAACAGAGGAAGACGGCUUUGAUGGUGCCACAGCUGCAGCUCGAAAAGAAGUGAUAAGGAACAAGAUCCGGGCAAUAGGCAAAAUGGCACGAGUGUUCUCUGUGCUGAGGGAGGAGAGUGAAAGUGUGCUGACACUGAAAGGGUUGACUCCAACAGGAAUGCUGCCCAGUGGGGUGCUCUCUGGAGGAAAACAAACUCUGCAAAGCGCGAUCAAAGGAUUCUCACCACAACAUAAGAUCACGAGCUUUGAAGAAGCCAAAGGCUUGGAUCGGAUUAAUGAGAGGAUGCCCCCACGCAGGGAUGCCAUGCCAUCAGAUGCCAACCUUAACUCCAUCAACAAGGCCAUCUCCUCAGAGACUAAUGGCACUGACAGUAAUGGCAGUAAUAGCAGCAAUAUUCAGUGACCAUUUCUGACUUGUGAUUUUUUUGUUUUGGAGCUGCAGGGCAUGAUGGGAUAACUGCUCAUCAGCAGUUGGAUGUUCUUGCCUCUGAUGAUAGCUUUCUUGCUCUGGGGGCCAGGUGUUGGAUUCAGUUUACAAUAUCAUCUAAGAAGAGAUAGUAAACUUUAUUUUGGUGGGUGGGGGGUGGGGGUUAAACACCUCCUUGGAUAUGCCUUUAAAAUGCUUGUAGAAAACUAAAUGAAAGCUAAUGCUGGUAUAUAUUGCAAAGUUAGGGGAAUGAACAUGUUUUCCUACUGCAUUGGAAACUUCUAGAUAUGUUAACUGAAAGGCCUUUUAUUAUGUUACUGGAUAUGACAACUUUGUCUGAUUUCUUACUAACUAUUGUACGUUUACAGUUGCAGCACUAAACAUGGACAACAUCAAAACAUUUUUAACAAAGUGAUGUACAAACUAAAUAAGUAGACUAUUUAUUGAUAAUGUUUUGCUACUCUUGUCAGACGAUGGCGAUCUUAAAAAAAAUUAGGCAAUCUUUAAAGAAGAUAUAAAAAUAAAAAGAAUGUUGCAAAUUUGUUAAAAAUGCCAAAAAGGACAGUUUAAUUUUGUACAGAUUAUGCUUACCUCAGGUUUCUUUAGUGUGCUUGAAUGCCCUUCUUUAAAUAGAACAUUUACCUUAAUUAAUUUGGCAGUGAUAAAUCUUUUUCUUUUAAGUUCUUAAGAAAAAAAACUGGAAUAAUGAUAUCCUUCUUUUUUUCUUUCUUUUUUUCUUUUUGCUGUUUAUAUUUAGGAUUAUUAUUAUAUUAUUAUUAUUUUGGCAAAUCAAGUCUUGGUUGUGGCUUGCUGAAUUUAAAUAUUUAUGAGUGGUGCAUUUUUAAGUAUAGUGAACAAGACACCAUAUUAAGUGCAGUGAAAGCAUCUAUAUUCUGUAAAAAUCUGCCUAUGCAUGUUUUUUAAGAAAAAAAAUUGGCUGUAUAGGCCUGUAUGGGACUGUAAUGCGCUUAGUGGUCUGACUUAUACUGGAAAUGUAUGUAUACUGGCGUACUUUAUAUUCUCUAAAAAGAAAAUGCUAAUGCCUUUGAAAUUUUGUAAUCAAAAAAAAAGCUUUGAAAAAUCUAAGGGGGAGAGUAUUCUUAAAAGUUUUUAAUAUAAGCUUGUCAGUGCACAUAUAGAUGGGUAGCAUGUUUAGCAAACCUUGUGAAAUUUAAACUAAGUUUGUAGUUACAUGUGAAACUAAAUGCAUGAAAACUGUUAAUGUCAUGAUGGUUUAGUCAUUUUGUUACGUUCUGUCAUGUGCCACAAAAUGUGUAAUUUUUUCACUUUUUUCCCAUUGUAUAUCAGUUACGGGUUACAACUGGUUCAUUCUUAAAGGAAGAGGAAAAAAAAACCAACAAAACAGUCCACUGAUAUUUUUUAACAAUUGUAUAAGUGCCCAAGUAAUUCACUACAGCCUACAGCCUUGCCUUUGUAAUUUGACUUAUGAAAUGUUGGCAAUCAAAGCAUGCACUUGUAACAAUGAAAAAAAAAACAUUUUAUAUUACUACUCAAUAAAAAUGUGCAUGAA